CUUGGCUGCGGCUUGCAAUUAUGCACACUCACUAUGAGAACAGGCCGCGGCCACUACCACAGACUCGUCGGGAAUUUCAGGCUGUAACGGCCGGAGACUGGUGAGGUCGUGUCCGAAACGGGCUUCCCAGGCUGAGGUCGCGUCUACGUCUGUUGUCAGCGCGUUAAACCCAUGGAUAGAAGACAUUUGGGUCCGCUGAGCGGCGCUAUACAAUCUUUGCUAGUAGUACGAACAUUACACAUGUAGAGGUCAGUACCCGUGCGGGUAGGUUGCAUCUGCUUGGCAUUGACAUGUCAUCAACGUGUAAAACAGACAUUUUUACAUGUACAUUCGCAACUUGAUCAUAUUGCACUCCGUUUCAAGAAUUAACGUUUGUUCAUUUCAGGGCAUCCCGUCGAUUUUCGCCCAUUGAGUCGAGCAUUAGUUGCCUGUCACUUGUAUUGUAAGUAGCUGGUAGCCAAGUGCUCUGAGGCAGACAUGGAAGGUGCAGCUACAAAAGUCAUCGACCCUAUCACUCUGGAAUCUGAGGAAGGCCAGCAGCUCCUUGAUGAAGCCGAAGCUUGUCAGUACAUCCUGGUGGACAUGUUCGACUUCCAGGCACAUUCAUCUCAUUGCGGCAUCCAGAGUGCUGCCCUCCUUAUUGCCUCCUACGAAUGCGGUAAAGCCUGCCGGGCAGCGGGCUACUGCAGCUUCAGGCACUGUGAGGACAUCAAGAAGCAGUACCACGGCUUUGCCAUGUUCAACUUCAAGGAGACGCAGGACAUCAUCACCCACGAUGUCAUCAAGACAAGGGGCACCACUUUGGAGGAUGUGACCCAGAUUUUACAGAACCACAAGCACGAAGCCACGGCAUACCUCGCCCAAGAGUCCUCACUUGAUGAGUUCCGGCAGCUAGCUGUGGAAGCCGUUCGUCAGGAGGAUUCGAGCGCUGGAGUUAUUGUGAACUUCCAGCGGUACCUCCUGGGUCAAAUUGGGGAGGUCUCUCAGUAUGGGCACCACAGUCCGCUGUGCGCAUACCACAAGGGUUCCGACCGCUUUUUGAUGCUGGAUACCAAUGUGGGAAAGCCCAAAUUAUGGCUGAAGACGGAAGAUUUGUUCCAGUCAAUGCAAGAUGUUGAUGUUGCCACUGGGAAGUCACGAGGGUUUGUGAUCAUGGGAGGAGUGGUGUGAGCUACGUAUAACGGUUUGCAUUUACCAGUGUGAAUCAAAUGGGGUAUCUUAUUGAAAUAAAUGUGGAUAUGCCCGGAUAAUCUUAGCCAGACAAGAAAACAACAAAUGUGAAAUGCGCUAAAAUUGCCUGCUGCCAAAAAUCGCCAACCUUUUAAUGCAAAUGUGACAUUUGUUUUUUGCUUUCAUCGUAGCCUUUUUUGUAAUUUCCUGACAUAAACAUUUAAAACCUUUCCGUUUCUUUAAACAUUCCAAAAAAAUGUUUGACUCCCCCGCCCCCCUGUACUUACUUGCGUAUGUGUGACUGCAUUCAAUUUGACACUCGUGUCACUUUUCUGAUCUGGUUACAUGUACUUGGGAAAGUAUCCCACAAAAAUAUGUUGACUAAUUAUGAUAAAAUGGAAAGAAAAAUGCCGUUGUUAAUCUGAGUUCAGAAAGGUUGUUGCAACUCGCAUGUAGAGACAAAUUGGCUUCAGUGAGUUACGUGAAAUAUGCAAGUACUGUACAUGUAUGUCCAAUGCAUGUGAUGGUUUGAAUUUGUUCUGUAUAUGUCCAUGUAAUCUCUGCAUGACCUUUUGACCCAGUUGGCACCUAGUUACCUAAGAUUAGUCAUUUAUCAUACAUUGCUCAGGCUUACCUAACCCUAUGAGGACAUCAACUGCAAGUAUAACCGAAGUAAUCAAACAUGCUGAAAGUUAUUUCAUUCGCAUAGGUGAUCUUGGUUACCCAGUUCCAUAAUUAAGAACUAUUUCCUGGCAUCAUUUGUUGGGCACUAGGGUUACUGGUUUGGAUGGACAGCCCUAGUGAGAGCAUAGCAACUGGGUCAUUCUAUAAAUUUGGGGUCCAUAUUUUUCCCCAUCCCUGUUAUGUCUGGCAUAUGAUUUGUUAAUGUUCAGAACUCAAUGUUUAGCUUCAAACACUGAAUAAUAAAUAACAAAAAAGUAGUUUGAAAUCAGUUCAGUGGUACAUCCCUUGUCAAACAUGUCAGAUGGUAUGCACGCCAGAAGUAACAAUAUCACACUUUGGACCCCAGAUUUAUAAAAUGACUCAACCAGCAAGUCUCAUCUCCGGUCACCCCGCUUUCUUUUUCAGUACUUUAAGUCGGUAUGCAUUUCAUCGCAAAAGGAGUUUUAGUCCACAGAAAGCAGUCUCCGUAUAUAAAACCAAAUGAGUGCAAUUCCCAUUGAAAAUUAAUGACAGGUGUUUGUGAGGUGUGAAGUGCACGAUUUCACCCUUACUGGCCCACAAGGUGUUGCAUCAUUAUUGCUAUUAUCCCUGCUCACCAGGCUUAUAAACAUUUCUCACUACGCACAUCUCAGCUCUCUUCGGAGUAUAUGCAGCUGAAAUACAGCCAAUUCAGGCACAUGUUUAAAAAUGCUCUUUGUUGGAGAGAGGCAAGUACUGGGGGUACAUGAAGGUGGUAAAAUGAUUUGUCGAGUUCUGUACAUGUGAGGCAGUUGCUUGCUUCUGACCCUGAAGAGUGUGGCCCUGAUUCUGUGAUUGAGACAAACCAUAAGUGCAGGACUACUCAGGUGUCAUCACUGGGAAAAGUGUCAAAUUCGUUGUGUCAGAGUACACAUUUCUCUUUAUAUAUUAUGAGCAUGUUGAAUUUCAUGCAUAGUUCUUAUCUUCACGUUGUACUUUUUGUGUUGGCAAAGAUUGAUAAAUUCUGUGUUUUAUUCCUAUCAAGUUCUUCAUGUCCUCAAUAACACUAGUUGUUCGUAUAUUUGAUGUAAAGCAGUGAAAAGAUGUUCUCCCUACUUUUCAUAAUUAACUCUUGGCUGUUGAUUGACAUGCAUGAUUGAAAAAAUGAAUGCAAAAAUCCACUUCUUGCGCGGGAUUACAUGUAUAAGCAGAGACCACCACAAUUUGAAUAUCGCCUGUUAAAUUUUUGCUUGCCUGAUGAAAAAGCAAUCAAUUAUUAACUUUAAUAUGAAAAAAUAUAGUCCUUGCAGGAUGAAAUAUGCUUAGCAUCAACUCUCUAAAGCACAGAUCUAGAAUGUUGUAUUAUCCAAGAAAUAUAUGAAUUUGUAUUGUUUACGUUUGAGUCUUGUGAUCAAUUGCAUUGAAUAAUUUGUACUCUCCACAAAUGAGAGUGGCCUGAAUUUGAACACUUCAUCAAAACGGUACAAAAGGUGGAGAUAGAUGGUAGCCUAUGGACUGCCUUGUAUGUACCUGUCAAUGCGGUGUAAAUUUUUGUAGUCGUGCAAUUUCUCACAGUCACCCCUUUUUUUGCUAUUAAUAUCAAUAUUAACCCCUAACUCCCUAGGGUGUGUACAGAAUCAUAUUAAAAUUGGAGGAUUCAGGGCUGUUAGGGUUAAUAUAAUUUGUAUGUCUGUGAAGAUUUGCGUCAACUUAGUGUUAAAUGUCAUAAUUUUGUCAGCACAAGCAUUGUUCCUGGCCCAUAUAGUUUUUAGUUGCUUUGUAUGUGCUUAGAAUGUCUCAUUCUAAAUCGUUUUAUUCUAUAAAUAUACAAAAAUACCACCUCAGAAGGUGCUGUAGUCGUUUAGUAACACUCUACAACCAAGUGGACCUUACAGGGUAAAGUAAAUGAUGAGAUUGUGCAUUCACAUGGUUUCCCGGAAUCUCCAUUGGACGAAGUUGAUCACAUUGUAGUUUUGUAGGGCACUUUGCAUGGAUUGAACUGCUGAAUGUGUGUAUAUUUACUGCACAAAAGUCACUUGAAACAGUAACCCCUUUGGAAUGUUUAUUAUUCAUACUUCUGUGUAUGGUUUAGGUCAUAGUAGUCGGCAAGUAGUUUGCAGCAGUUUUGUAUUUUAAAUAUCUGAAAUAUUUUUGAAUUGUGAACUGACUUAGAGUGUUUGUUAUGUUUGAAUUAAAAACAGCCGGCUACAUGUAUAUGUAGCUGAAACUUUUCAUUAACAACUGGAAUUUAAGUAAAGAAUUAUAAACAUACAAUCAGUGCAUUCAAGCUGAAAUAGAACAA